UACAUUCCUCUUCUUGUGUAAUAUUCCACCAUGGAUCAUCGUAUUCUGUCACUCUGUCUUUUUCCCGGGGAAAGCCAAGAAGAAAAGUUAGAAAAUAAAAUCCCCCGACGAGGAGGAGAGAGAAGCAUGAGUGGUCGCAUCGUUUUUAACACUCGAGCCGACACCCAUUUUAGUCCAUAAAGUUAGAUGUUUUCGAUGCUCUGUUCUCGCCAUCUCCACUUCCCACUCCUAUCUGCUGACCAACUCCUCACACUCUCUCGCCCUUUCUUUCUCAAAUCUGUUAAUCCCGAAGCAGAGUAAUCAAUAGUUUCAGACCAAUAAGUUGAAGAAGAACGGGGGCCAAUGGAUCCGUGUCCCUUUGUGCGGCUUAUGGUUGAAUCGCUGGCUCUGAAGCUUCCAUCGGCAACCAAACCCACACCCGGGUCGGGUGUUCACCCAUCCGCCACUCCCUGCUUCUGCAAAAUCCGGAUAAGUUAUUUUCCGUCUCAGACUGCUCUGCUCCGUCUCUGUUCUUCAGCCAGUGACUCUGCGCCGGAAUCCACCACCUCUGCCGCCGGUUUCCACCUGGACUACGACUCUCUCCGUCGUUUUUCUGGCAAGCCCGUCAGCCUUCGUAUUUCCGUCUACACCGGCCGGAUGGGUCACACCUGCGGCGUGAGCGGCUCCAAGUUACUUGGUCGUGUUUUUGUGAGCAUUGACUUAACCGAUGCUCUGUCUCGCCCCCAUACCUUCCACAAUGGGUGGCUCCAGCUGGGGAAGAACGAACCGUUCAAGCCAUCGGCCCAGCUCCACCUGGUGGUCCGGUCUGAACCCGACCCACGCUUCGUGUUCCAGUUCGGCGGCGAACCAGAGUGCAGCCCCGUGGUUUUCCAGAUUCAGGGGAACAUCAGGCAACCCGUUUUCAGUUGCAAGUUCAGUGCGGAUCGAAAUUCCAGAUCACGGUCGGUUCCGUCAGAUUUUACCAACAAUGCAAGCAAGUGGAGAAGGACAUUCACAGGUGAUAGAGAUCGGCACGGGAGAGAGAGGAAAGGUUGGAUGAUAAUAAUACACGAUCUGUCCGGCUCUCCGGUGGCCGCGGCCUCCAUGAUCACCCCCUUCGUCCCUUCACCCGGGUCGGACCGCGUGUCCCGGUCCAACCCCGGAGCCUGGCUUAUUCUCCGACCCAACGGCGCCUCCGUGAGCAGCUGGAAACCGUGGGGCCGCCUGGAGGCUUGGCGUGAAAGAGGUCCCACGGAUGGGUUGGGAUACAAGUUCGAGCUGGUCACCGAGAACGGACCUGCGAGCGGGAUUCCCCUAGCUGAAGCUACGAUGAACAUGAAAAAGGGUGGUCGGUUCUGCAUUGAUUAUAGGGCGAUGAAGGAUUCUGGGUUGGGUUCGAGGCUGGCCGGAAAAGGGUUCGUGAUGGGUUCGACGGUGGAGGGUGAAGGCAAAGUGAGCAAACCUAUUGUACAGGUGGGAGCACAGCACGUGACGUGCAUGCCUGAUGCCGCUCUCUUCAUCGCCCUCUCCGCCGCCAUUGAUCUCAGCAUGGAUGCCUGCAGGCUUUUCUCCCAUAAACUCCGGAAGGAGCUUUGCCACGUCGAUCAUGAUUCCUUUCCGUGACCUUAUGUAUCUGUUGAUUAAUCAAUCACCACCAAUCCAUCAGUUUUAAUUUCCUUCUCAUUCUUUCCGCGCGCUGAUUUUGUCUCUCGUAUUUAUAUAUAUCUUGAACAUUCUUUCUUUCUUUCAUUUUUGCCUUCAUAUGAUCCUGGGAGUGGACUUUCUUUCGGUUCGCCUGGGUUAUAUAUGAAGGUUGGUUUCUAGUUAUGGCUCUGCGAAUUUGCUUCUUCGUCCAAGAGUCACAAAAGUGUUGCUGCCUUGCUGGUUUUUAUUUUUAUCAUGGUGCGUACCUGUAAAGCUUGCCUGCGGGUGGGUUUUUCUCAGUAGCGGGCUCGCAGAGUAGGAGAGUGAUUUCACUGCAUUGUUUGAUGCUCGGAUGUAUAAAUCUAAACACAAUAUUUGAACUGUACAGACAGAUUCAAUGCAAAUGUUCAUUUAUAUAUAUAUAUAUAUAUAU